UGACUGGAGAUCGCUCAGAUAAUGAGUCAGGAGACAGGUCCAACUUCGGGAGAUCUAGGAAAAAGCGCUUUAGAGCCUUCAUUCUUACGAAUAUAUAUGUGCCAUUAAUUCAUCAAUAUAACGUUUACCACUGCAGCCCUAGCGGUGGCCAUCAGGAUACGCACGAUCGAAUUGCAAGAUGGAGUCAUGGGAAUCGUAGGAAGUUCUCCAACCUUAGUGAUAAUAUUUUCACCUCUAACUUUGGUCCAUGUUAUGGUGGCGAUAUAUCUCGAAUAUUUUGGUCGUCCCAUGGGAUUAUGGCGAACAUCUGCCAAACUUGCACACACCCUCCUCGAAGUUUGUUUCAUCUGUGCAUGGUCUGCAGCGUUUUCCCUCUGUUUCGACAAUUUCUUCACCUCCCUCAUCCCCUGUGCGUCGGCAGGAAGCAUCGCUUGGUACAACGAACUUAGUCGGCCUGAGCUAACGCUUCCGAACCUUGGACGAAAUAAAGGCGGAGUGGGAGAUACACUUUGCGACUAUCAACUUGCAUUGAUUUGCCUGGUUGGGGUCGGCCUGGUCACGUAUUGCAUCAAUAUUGUCAUCAGCCUCUUCAGGAUUUUUGAGAAGGUCAAGUCGUACGCUGGUUUUCGCCCUACAAUGCCGUUUUAGUGCACUAUGUGGCUCAUACACCCUUAUAUCUUGGAUCAUAUCACGUGGAUAUUCAUCGGAUCCAUCGUUUUCGUUUUCCAUUUUAUGCUAUCACUUCAUAUAUAUAUAUAUUCCUUCAUUAUCACGGACUACCAACUCAGGCGGUGUAUCAUCUAUAUACCUUUCCUCAUCCACGUGUACUUCUACAUAUUUCUAUAGCAGCAUUAAAGACCACUGAAUUGGUCGAUUG